AUGCCUUUCGGUCAGCUCCCACCUCAACCACCAGGCUACAGCGGAUUCGCGCAGUCCCAGAAGCACGCCGACCGAGGCGGAAUGGCUUCCAAUCCUCAACACGGCAUCCCUCCUCUCAUCGCCCCUCACCCCGAGUCCGUCCAGUACACCACCUCGCAUCCCCCUUCAUACGGCGUCGAGACGCACGACGACAACGACUCGUCCCCCGACUCGGAAGGCACCGUGACGGGCGAUUCUUCCCGCUCGCUCGGUAAAUCCAAGCAAGGCCGCGGCAUGUCGACCGCCCAGUUCUUCUCGAGCAAGGCGGACGAGUCGCUUCGGUUCCUUACGGCCAAGCAGGAGGGUGCCAAGGCGCAAGAUCAGGGCGAGUGGAAGGAUGAGCUUAAGGGGAAGCGGGUAUGGAGGGUCGGCGGACUAGGGAUGUGGGCGUAUGACCAAGAUGAGAAGGUGGAAAGUGCAAAAGGGGCGGUGUGGCGGCGGUGGGGUGAGAAGGGGAACGGGCAGCGGGAGUGGCUGGAGACUGCCAGGGAGCGGACGAACUUCUACAAUCAAACCCGAGGUGUCAAACCCCUCGUCACAUGGAAACUCGUCCAGCCCGGUACAUCAUUCACCUUCCCUCCUGACGCCCUCCAGAUCGGGCACGAAGGCGGCUCAAAUCAGCCCCUCUUCUCUGCUCGAGUAUGGCACGAGGGCGGGCUCCACCUCGGUAAAGCCGGUCCGCACCUCCUGGGCGGUGCCUCGGUCCCAUAUGGCGGCGGCGAGCUGAACCUUGAUACGUUCGAGGUACUCUGCGCCAAGCCGGACCCGACGCUCUUCAAGUGGAUGUGCUUCCAGCAUGGCGAGAGCACCAAGGUGGAGGGGUGGCAGCCCGUCGAGGGCGGGAGGGAGAGGGACGGGCAGAGUCUGUUUGUCGCCAAAGGGGAGUGGGAGGGUGGGGAUCAUCCGGGCAAAUGUAGGAUCACGGACGACCACGCCCAUGUCGGAUGGGGCGGCGGAGAAGUCUGGAUCAGACCCUUCUACAUCCUCGCCUACAAUAACGCCACCCAGCGGUGA